AUGGAGUCCUUCGAGCUCUUGAAAUCCGUAGGACUCCAGGAUAUGCCCUUGGCUUUCUUCCAUCAGGUCCAAGGGGUGCUUUGGCCCGAGCUCGAAGAGCCUCACGAUAUCUUGAGUCCUGACGAGCUGGCCAUCGUAGUUCAGAACUACCGAGAUGGAGGAUCAGUGAGGGAGCUCGCGAAGCAGUUUUGGGGGGCCCAGGAAAAGAUUCGACUCGAAGCCCAACCUUUGACACCGGAGAAGGAGAAGGCACCCAAGAAGGAUGUGGGCAGCGAGCAGUCGAUUUAG